UGAGGCAAAGUUGCCGGGCGGCUGCGGGGCAGCUCGGUGCGGGCGGGAGGGAAGGAAGGAGGGAGGGGGUCCGUGCUGUGGUACCGGGAGGGCCCCGCACCGGGCAGGCAGCCGGCCAUGAUGGCGUGUGCCGAGCUGCUGGCCGUGUGCCUGCUGCCGGCCAAACCCGGCCCCGAGCCCCGCCGAGAACCGCUGCCCAUCUUCCACGACAUUUUCCGGCGAGCGGACAAGAACGAUGAUGGGAAACUGUCAUUUGACGAGUUCAAGAACUAUUUUGCUGAUGGAAUCCUCAGCUCGGAGGAGCUGUGGGAGUUGUUCAGUGGCAUUGACAGGCGUCAUUCAGACAACGUGGACACAGAGAAGCUGUGUGAUUAUUUCUCAGCGUAUCUUGGAGAGUACAGGAAUGUGCUUUCUGCACUGGAAACACUCAACUCCGCUGUCCUGGCAGCAAUGGACAAAACCAAGCUGAGCUACGAGACCUCCUCCAAGAUGGAGCAGUUCCUGACCCGCUUCCUGCUGCGGGAGACCAUGCACCAGCUGCAGUCCCUGCAGGGCUCACUCGAAUGUGCUGUGGACACCAUGGAGGAGCAGGCGGGACGGGAGAGAAAGGACAUACAGAAAUCAGAGGCUUUGGUUGGCUUGAGGUCAGGGCGACGAUGUGGGCGCAGAGGACAGAAGAACAUCUGUGUGUCUCCAACAGACCCGUACUCUGGGAUGCUGACCACAGGUAUUUGUGUGGAAGCCGACAGCCAGUGGAUGGCACAGAUCUCCAGGCUCCAGCAGCUCAUUGAGAAACUGGAGUGUAAGAGCCCACGCCUGGAGCCUCUGAAGGAGGAAGCAACGUGCAAAGGAAGAGAUGAAAGCAUCCUGGUGGCCAAGAGGCAGAUCUCGGUGGCCAAGGGCAGCAUCGAGGAGUUUCACCAGGCACUCAGGUCCUACAUGGAGGUCACCACGGCACAGAGCAGCUGCCUGCAUGUGUCUGCCUGCAAGCUGACGGACGAGGCCUGUUUCAUCCUUUAUGAGUUUUGGCAGGAUGCAGCUUCGUGGAGAAGCCACCUGCAGUCCAGCCACAGCAAGACGUUCCAGAGGGCCACCAUCAGCUUGCUGGAGUCCCCAGAGCUGCUGACCACCAUGCUCUUCCCAGCAUCGUGGUGGAUCAUGAACAACAACUGACCUGAGCAGCUUCUCUGGAUGCCAUGACACGCAGAAGGAGGCAGAGCCCCUGCCCUGCCAUUACCUGUGCUCAUCUUUGUCACCUGUGCUCCCUGCUCACCUCCUGCAGCCCCAGGAUUGCCUGCCUGGAGGCCCCCGCCUUGUUUUACCCUUUUGCUCUUUUAGUGUGAUUAAUUUAUUUCCUCCUGUCGGAGCGGGUGAGUGUGGCACUGGGUCCCCGCAUGCCACUGUGGUCCCAUUGCCACGGUGCCACCACCCGAGUGCAGCUCAUGAUGGCUCUGUGCUGCUGCUGAGUGAACAUAAAACAGACCUGGCACUGUUGGAGUGCUGGCACAGAC